AAUGUUUUUGAGGAUAAAAUAAGUCGUUUACAUGGAUUUAUUGAUACAAGUACACCCGUUUUAUGCAUCGAAUUGGCCAACCCAGCACUGUAAACGAACACGUGCGGAAUGGCUGAAAUGUCAAACGGCUCAGUUCAGGCGGGAAUCUGGGACGGAAAAGCGAGCAGGUCGUUGUGAAAUUGUGUUGUCGAACAUGUAGGAAAACCCGAAAAUAAACAAACAAAAUGAGCACGAAAACAACUAUAAAUAUUAAAAACAAGUUCGACCGGGUGGUAGUGCUGGUCGAUAUGGAUUGUUUCUACUGCCAGGUGGAGGAAAAGCUGAAUCCUGCCAUCAGGGGAAAGCCGAUAGCGGUGGUGCAGUACAACCCCUGGCAGGGUGGGGGCAUCAUCGCUGUGAACUAUCCCGCCAGAGCGGAGGGAGUCACUCGCCACAUGCGCGGAGUUGAAGCGAAGCAGCACUGUCCCGAAAUUGAACUGCCACAGGUGCCGCAGGUUCGUGGCAAGGCAGAUCUGACACGGUACCGGGAAGCGGGCAAAGAGGUCGCGGAUGUGCUGAAAAGCUUCACGCCACUGCUCGAACGGGCCAGCAUCGAUGAGGCGUACCUCGACAUAACGGAACGCGUGCUGACGCGGAUACACGAGAUGAACGAGGGCAAAUUUCAGCUGCGGCCGGAGAAGCUCGCCAACACGUUUGCGGUCGGGUACGAAAACAUUGGCGAAUUCAUCACGAAGCUCUCGAACACGUUCGAUCCGGCGGGCGGCACGGCGGAGAGCAAUUCGCAGGAACGACUGGAGUACAAGAAGAGCGACAUCAAGCUGCUGGUCGGGGCAUCGAUUGUGAACGAGAUACGGGCGGCGGUGAAGGAGCGGACGGGCUUCGAAUGUUCGGCCGGCAUUGCGCACAACAAAAUCCUCGCCAAGCUGACGGCCGGCUUCCACAAGCCGAACAAGCAAACGAUCCUGCCGAUCAACAGCAUCCCGAAGCUGUACGAAACGCUGCCGCUGAAGAAGGUGAAGGGGUUGGGCGGCAAGCUGGGCGAUCAGGUGUGUGAGGUGCUGAAGAUCAAGUUCAUGUCGGAGCUGGUACAGUUUCCCGAGAGCGUGCUGCAGCAGCACUUCGAGCAGCGGAUGGGCAGCUGGAUGUACCUGAUGGCACGCGGCAUCGAUCUGGAGGCAGUGACGGCCAAGUUUCACUCGAAAAGCAUCGGCUGCUGCAAGCGGUUUCCCGGGAAGAAUGCAAUCACCGGGCUGGCCACGCUCCACCACUGGCUGAACGAGCUGGCCUCGGAAGUGACGGAGCGGCUGGAGAAGGAUCUGGACGAAAACAAUCGCACGGCGAAGCAGCUUACGGUGAGCUACAGCCAGCAGAUCGAUAAUGUGGACGUGUCCAGCACGAGGAGCAUCGCUUUGGUUGCGUACGAUGCGGAGCGCAUUGCGGCCGACGCGCUGGAUGCAAUCAAGCGCAACACGGAGCGGUUCUUCGCGUCCAACUCCACGACGGCACUGCACAAUCCCAUCAAAUUUUUGGGCAUAAGUGCGCGGAAGUUUGAACCGAACGGGGCGGGUAAAGGUGGAGGCAUUAAGCAAAUGUUCCAGAGCUACACAUCGAAAGCGGCCAACGCGGAUGAACAGCCGCGCGAGACGGAACGUCGUAAAAGUGUGUCGGGGGAAACACCGGAUGUCGUCACUGAGAUACCGAAGGGAGCAGGAACUUCUAAAGAAGAGCAGCAACAGAUAGAAAAGGGGAACGAUGCAUCAAAUGGGGAGCCGAGCAAACCGAAAGGGCUUAUUCAGCAUUUCCUACAGCGUCAGUCUGCUUUAGCACCCGUUUCUGCCAGUAAGAGUGAAGAAACAGGGAGUGAAGUGAAGACGACAAAUGCAUCUAGCUCUUCUGAUGCAUCAAAUGAGGAGCCGAGCAAACCGAAAGGGCUUAUUCAGCAUUUCCUGCAGCGUCAGUCUGCUUUAGCGCCCGUUUCUGUCAGUAAGAGUGCAGAAACAGAGAGUGAAGCGAAGACGACAAAUGCAUCUAGCUCUUCGGAAGACGUAAAUCAGCCAGAAAGUAAAUCGAAGAAAGGUAUUGCACAGUUCUUGCAACCGAAAAGUGCCAUCAACAAAGAGUCUUCCCUUGGAAGUGGAGAUUUAAGCAAAUCUCCUUCUACUGUAGAGUCGAUAGAGCCAGCAGCUAAACCGAAGAAAGGUAUUGAACAGUUCCUGAAGUCAAAAAGUGAUGUCCAGAAAGAAACAGCCACUGAAAAUGAGCAAGAGAAAGAGGGGAAUACUAAUGAUGAAGCUGAAGCCGUCCCUUAUCUGGAUGAUACUGUGGAGCUAGCGGUACCAGAACAGGAAGAGAAUCAAACACCAGAGUCGGGAAUGGAGCGUGAUGUUCAGAUAUCUGCACCUUCCACCAUACAUGAAUCGGAAGACCCACCAGAAGAGAAACCAUCCACUUCCAAAGCAUCGUUCGUGGAGCGAAGCAAUGCCGCUACAAAACCAGAUUACAAAGAAACGUAUGCAGAGUACAGUUUUCAGGUCCCGGAACCAACCCUGGAGUGUCCACAGUGUAAAAAACCGAUUCCCGAACAUGAAUUUCAAUCACACCAGGACUUUCACUUUGCGCUCUCGCUAAGCCAGCAGCAGGGAGAUGAGUUCCGGAAUGAUUUAAAAACAAAAUUGACCUCCAAAUCGCCACUUCCCGCCAAACGAACGUCCAAGGCAAUCGUGUCCGCAGCGCCAAGUUCCGGUAGCAGUGGCGCACCGUCGGCAAACUUGUCAAUCGCUCGAUUUCUGUCGAAAGUUUCUCCCGAAUCUAUACGCUCCAGCAGCGCAGAAGUGGCCACCGGCAGCAACAGUAAAGCGGACGAGGUACCUGAAAACCACACCAAAUGCUCUGACUGUGGUAAGUUCAUCCCGCUCGAUUCUUUGGAUCAGCACAACGAUUAUCAUGUAGCGAAGCGGUUGCAGCAGGAACUGAACCGUCUCGAGGUGGUGGUCCCUUCACAAUCCACAAGUAAACCAGCAUUAGUCGUGGUGGCCAGUGGGGCCAGUUCCAGCACGAAACGAAAGCGGCCAGCCAAUUCAAGCGAUAAAGUAACGUCGCCGGUCAAGCAGAAGCUAAAACCGCUGUCCUCUUACUUUACCAAGUUGUAAAACGAACGUAACUCUUACCAACAACGUGUACCUUAUUAAACGUGUAAGCCAAGUUAUCGUUAAUCGUAGAAGCUAAUUUUAUUG